AUGUUUUCGUUCACAUGCAGAUUACGUCAAAUAUCUUUGGCUGAAAUGACCUCAGCUAUCAGAUGGUAUGCUGCAGUAAAAGCUGCAGGAUCUCAUGGAAAGUUUGAGCGUCUUCCUCCAGGAUUCGGUAAAAUAACACCGUUCAGUUUAUUCAUCAAGGAAAACUUCGCAUUAAGGAAAAAUGAACAGCCUACAGAAGUUUUCAGUAACCUUACCAAGGAAUGGAAAGAUUUGGACGAGUUUGAUAAAAGAAAAUAUGUUGACGGAGCGUUACGAAUAAACGAAGAAAAAAGGUCAAAAUUCGAAUUACUGGAUGAAACUGAGAAAGAGGAGCUUCGCAGACGGGCUAAGAAUUUGAAAGAGGCUCGCUUAAAACGAAAAAUACGUUUGGAAAGGAGGAAAAAGCGAGAAAUUAAUGGUCAGUCGUCAAUGUCAGGCUGGAUGCUUUUUGUAAAGGAGAAAGCUGUAAAAGGUGUUGCUGACAGUGGUAAAAAACAGCAAGAUAUCAUCAAGGAAUUAGCCAUUGUCUGGAAGUCACUUCCCGAGUCUGAUAAAGAUGCAUACAAUAAACGAGCCAAAGCUCUUUCAAGAAAUGGAGAAAUAUGUGAAUGA